AUGGAGCUGAAGGUCUGGGUGGAUGGAGUCCAGAGAGUCGUGUGUGGAGUCACCGAGGCCACCACCUGUCAGGAGGUCGUCAUCGCACUCGCACAGGCCAUAGGCCGCACUGGCAGAUACACUCUGGUGGAGAAAUGGCGAGACACAGAGCGGCACUUGGCGCCGAACGAGAGCCCGGUGGCGUCUCUGAACACGUGGGGACAGUACGCGGGGGAUGUCCAGCUCGUCCUGCACCGCACCGGCCCCUCCCUCACCGAGAGGCCCCCGUCUGAGGGCCCCCCACUGAGAGGCCCCGAGAGAGGCCUGCACCGCCAGAGCCUCCCGCCGCUCGCCAAACUCAGACACUACAACCAUGAGCACUCGCUCCGCCGCCGCGAGCCCCGCAGGAAGUCCCUGACGUUCACCGGGACCCCCAGGAGCCUCCGGGACAUCCUCACAGGGGCCCGGCUGCCGGACUCAGGGGCCCCGGACUCAGGGGCAGAGAGCAGGUUCCUGAAGGGGGCGGGUCAUGACACGGCGCCGGCUCCGAACGUCUGGGCGUGUCGCGUGGAAGAGCUGAUGCGGCUUCUGCAGCUGCAGCGAGAAACUCUGAGCGUCCUGCAGAGGAAGCUGGAGUCCUACGAGGCGGCAUACGAGGCGGAGCUGCAUGUGUGGGAGGAGGCCCGGAGGAGGCGCAGGAGCAGUGGGGAGCUGUGUGAGGGACUGACGGAGGAGAUCCUGCGUCUGGAGAAACAUCUGAGAAAGACCGAGGUGGAGACGGAGGAGGAGGAGUUCUGGGCCUCGGAGCUGCACAUCGAGCAGGAGAGCGAGAGGCAGCUGCAGGAGCGCCUCCAGGAGCUACGGGUGCGGCUGCAGGGCUGCGAGCGCCAGAUCCACGACAAGAUCAGUGUGGUGCAGGAGGUGGAGGAGGGGCUGCAGGAGGAGCAGGAGCAGAGGGAGAAGCAGGAGGCGCAGUGGGUGACAGCGGCUGAAGCCCGAGCACAGGUACUGCGAGUGAAGACUGAGCUCAGGGCUCAGGAGCGACAGGCCGUUCAGCUGGAGGGCAGCUGCAGAGCACUGGACCGAGCACUGGGACAGAGCAGCAGGAAGCUACAGGACAUGCAGACAGACCUGGAGCUGCUGACCAAGGAGCUGAGACAAGUGAAUCUGCAGCAGUUCAUCAGACAAACAGGCUCCAAGGUCACUGUGCUGCCAGCGGAGCCCACAGAGGACGAGGGCGCCCCCACCAGCCGCGGCAUAGACCUGGUCCCUCUCGGCGGCUCCCUGAAGCGCCCUUCCCCCGGUCACCUGCGAGUGCUUCAGAGCCCUCUCUCCUCGGGCCUGAACCCUGAGGGCAUCUACGUGUGA